GUUUCCCAGCUCGCUUUCAUUCAUUCAUUGAUUUGCUCAUUCUUUCAUUGCUACUUUCGUACUUGUUCCGGCUGCGGCAUCGCCUGGCGGCCAACUUGUGGGAGCGUUCUUGCCCCCCCCUACCCCAUCUUCCCCCUCGGAGAUGUCCAAGACAAUGUCAUUGAAGAAUGUAGAACAACAUGUGCCUUCAAUGCUGACAUUCGUAGCGCCCCACACCCUCCGAAGCUCCUCGGGCCUGGAAUUGGGGCUGUUUACACGACAACGGAGCCCCCCCUCCACCCCCCCUCGAUCCAUUUUCCGCAACCAACCCUCUUGGCGGGUCGAAAGUGAGUCUAGACGCGGUCUCGUCGUUGUCCAGACUUCGCAAAGACCCCUCCUUCGUUUUGACAGAGCUUCGAAAGAGGGUCUAGAAGGCCGGUGCCAAACCUUGGGACGCAUCAAACAACCGUGUUGCUGUUACAUAAUGGCGUCGGGCCAUGACAAGGGUGUUGGCGCCCUGGGAGCCAUUGUUCGAGCCAGUUUACAAACACCUGUGGCUCUGCGCGGGAGUAGUGGCAAAAAGUCUUGGUCUUCGAGUCCAGCGCGACGACGUUUCAUCGAAUCACCAAUGAGGAUAUCACCCGCAAUGGAUAAUUGUCGUUCUAAUUUUCGAACAAGGCAAAGCGCUCGUCCCCCCCACCUCCUUAUCCUGCUUCUCGUUAUUCCCAUGAUUGCUUCCCCGCCAUGUAGGUACGUUGCAUGCCCAUCUGAUGUCGGGUCAAGGUCAGUGGGAAAGCAUUUCCCCUUCAGUUUAGACACUGCGACGCGGUUUGAGAGCCGGAGUGUCUUUGUUGUUCGUUUUGAGGGGGUUUAGGCAAGAGAUUGCGUCUGAGUCUGUGUCGUUAUAAGGAGAGCAUUGCCAUAUGAUUACCCUAUGUUCCGGCGACUACUGGGAAUUCUUUGAGAUUUCCAGCUUCCAGGCUCUCGGGAUCAUCGGGGUGGUACGGCGAUGGGUGGGUCAUUUGCAAGGCGCGGAAACGGCGUAUGUCGGUCCGCUAGCCCACUCGAGUUGUAAAGAUCGGAUCCGUGUCCCUCCGCAUACGGCCCCGCAGUUCU